CGUUAGGAUACAGAGUACUGGACCGAGGACCGGCAUAUUGAGAGGCAUCGCGUCGAGCUACUGCCGGGUGGAGAUACCGCACGCAAUGUCCAGCAUGCCGGGCAAGCAGAGCCGUCGAAGGUCGUCCCGUCGUCAGAGCCAGACCCGCUCUCGCACAGCCAGAGCCGAGCUGGCGUUCUCGGUGAGCCACAUGGAGCGCCUUCUGCGGGAGGGCCACUACACCCAGCGGCUGAGCUCCUCUGCCCCAGUUUUCCUAGCUGCCAUCGUCCAGUACCUGACGGCCAAGGUCCUGGAGCUGGCGGGCAACGAGGCCCAGAAGAGCGGCAGGAGGCGCAUCACCCCGGAGCUGGUGGACAUGGCUGUCCACAACAACCCGCUGCUCAGCGGCUUCUUUGGGACCACUACCAUCUCCCAGGUUGCCCCAGCGCAGGAGUAGCUGCUGACAGCUGGCUGCCGGACCUCAGCCGUCCUUCCCUCCACCCGUCGGCCCGCCCGCCUGGAGCCAAACUCGCCCCUCUCUCUGGCCGGCCAGGGCAACCCCGCCUGCCCAGGGCCUUCAGAAAGUUCUGUCAAUAAAGUGUUUAAGGAAA